AUGCGAAACUCUAACGAAUGGCAGGCGGGUUUUUCAAACGCACUACCAAAAAGAUUUGAAAGUAGAAAGGCUUCAGUUGCAUCCUACUCGAGAAGAGCCUCAGAGUUUAUUAGCUCUCAAAAUCAACCCGCAAAUAAGAGAUCAUCUGGCUCGGAGGUUAAUAACCAAUCCUCGCAACAACAACAACAACAACCACAAACAUUACAGGCUCAACAAUACUUUCUCCUCUCACAGAGACAAGGAUCUGUAGCAUCAAGCAAUUUUGACAUGCCAAGUACCGUGGGUGGAGCCAGCACAGUUCAGCAACCGCACAUGAACAAUAGCACAAUGCGGAGACUGAGCCACAUUGAGCGACAUAAAUCAAAAAGUACAGUCUCAAAAACAUCAACAGGAAGUGACAGGACAAAAAAGGGAACAUUCUAUGCAAUCGAAUCAAAUUUAUUCUUGUUCGUAAAUUCCCUAAAAUUGGAAAAGCCAAUGAAUAGGGCGUUGUAUUUUUUCAUUCAACUGAUAGGCAUUUGGCAAACAUUGUCUUUGGGAGUUUCCAUUGAUUUUAAUUGGGGUGAAUAUGGAAGAUAUUUCUAUCAUGCAAUAGUUGCACCUAGAACAUUUGGAUUCCAAUUUCUUCCCUACGAUGCAUUAUUUGGGGUUGCCAUAGCAGCUUUUUUAUUGGACACGUUUGCAUUAUUCACUCUCUAUCUCACUUAUCGAUCCUUCAUUAAUGGAAGCAAGUACUGGGCUCAAAUUAAGGCGAGUGCACGAUUUUCUCUUGCUAUCAUUACCAUGAUUAGUUUACCGGCCAUGUACGUGAUGCUUUCGUUUUGGAGAUGCGACUACUCCCAUACUGUCACGCUGGGCGAAGAGACGACCUACGUCCUUAAAAAAUUUCCAUCAACAGCUUGUUGGUCGGCAACGAAUGGUGCAAUGGCAGCAGUCUCAAUUAUUUUCAUUGUAUUGCAAACGCUAAUGACCACAUUCGCAAUGCUCAUUUUCUCAAACACCAGUAUUUCGAGCAAGUCAUUCUUUACAGUGGAUACCAUGAUUCUAAACGUUUCAAUUCAGGGUCUUAAUCAUAUUUUUCUGUUAGCCUCACAAUUGAUUCCAGAUAUGUAUUAUUAUAUAAGGCCCAUAUUUUACAUGGUAACAUCUCUUUGCCUAUUCUUAAUUCUGGUAUGGCAAACCCCUUUUGUAUAUAGAUACAUUAACUCUUUUUAUGGAGGAUUAUUUAUUGGACAAGUUGGAAUUGGUAUUGGUUCAUUAGUGGCCACUCUGACCAACAAUUCCGAUGCUUGGGAUGUUGGGCUAGGGCUUAGCUCUGGACCCAUUGGAGGACUUAUUUUAGGUUUCACAAUAGGCUUUAUUGGAGUGGAUAUUUAUACUCACAUUCUCAAAAGGAAAGGUAAAAAAUUAAUUGAGGGUGUGAUGGAGUCACGAAAUUUGGGAGACAUUUCUGAGAGGGAUUAUUUUUUCGUGGGAAGAUUUGUCAAAUUUUCAAUGAAAUCGAAUGAUAAGGAUCAAGCAACUUGUAACUCCUUCGUACGUCUCCUGGUCAACUAUAAGGAUCCAGUACCUACAGAAACUCUUAUUACAACGGCCCUGUUCAUGAAAUAUGUUCUUGAGAAUCAAUCGACAACGUUUGUGCUCAUGCUCUUCAAGAAGGCUGAGCGACAAAACAAUAACUUUCUCACCAGAUUUAAUAUUUUCCUGAGAUAUCGAGAAAUUGAAAGAGUGACAUCAACAGGAAGAAAUAAUUUUGAAAUUGAUCACAUUUUGGAUGGAAUUUUGAAAAGCUCAAGCCUGUUGAGACAUUUACAAGUUCGAUUUUGGAAGCAUAUUUCUUCAGGACAAGAGAUCAUCAACACAGUCAUGCAAAUGGAGGAAAUCACCCGAGAGUGUGAGCAAAUAUUUAAAAACUUGAUGUUCAAUCACCGUGAAAACAAGACUGUCUUGCGAGCCUAUGCAAGCUUUUUGGAAGAAUUUUUGUUUGAACCCAUCAUGGCCGAAGAAUUGUACAAUGAAGCAAAUAUAUUGGAAGAGGAAGAAGCCGAAAAGAGCAAGGUAAAAGUAAAAGCUCCUUCCAAGAACCCUCUUACCGCAAGCUUGUCAAAAGAAGAGGCAGUUGAUUUACUCAAAAUGGGAACAAUGAAUGAAGAAGAGUUGGCUCAUUUAGAAUCUGCCAGUCAGAAUCACGCCGAAAAUGAUACAGAUUCCAAAUUGCAAGAGCAAUACCGAACAUCCAUUAACAAGUUCGAGAGAAACGGCUUUGUUAUAGUUUUUCUUCUUUCAUUGGGUGUAAUUUCCAUUGUAUACAUGAGUGUCAUCUUUGCCCUUGAUUGGUCUUUCACUGGAAGAGUUAACGAUGUCCUUCAAGUGGUCAAUGAUAUUUGCCUCAUAGCUCCAAUCCCAUACACCACUUUGGGAGAUAUUAGACGUGUCAAUUUAGCUUUGACAACAACAGGCACAGUGAAUAAUAUCACAUAUGACGAACACAAAACUCAAGUGAAACGGUUUACAAAAGAUAUCGACCACUUGGUUAGCAUUGCUCGAGGGAAUUUGUUCACCACCUCCAUGAAAAAUCGAUUUACGGAUAUCGAUAAGACAUACAAUGUUGCAAUUACAAAACUUGAAAAUGUCACAGGUCUUGAAUUCUAUUCCAAAAACGCGUCUGCAUCCAUGAUCAUCAAUACUCUAUCUACUUUAAUGACGGAAAUUAGCGAGUUCAACAUCUCUUCCUACAAUGAAACAUACAAGAAUUUUUAUUUUUCCAUGCUCUAUGUGAACCGUAUUACAUUUACACAUGCUCUGGAGAGUUUUUAUAACGAAGUUAUUGCAGAUGAAUUGAACACUCAACAGCAGGAAAAUACUGUUUCAAUUGUGGUCUUUUCAUCGCUGACAGGAUUUUUUGUUCUUUAUGUUUCCAUCUAUCUGGUAUUCAUUUGGUAUCAUGUUAGGCAACGAAAAUUAAUCUCCAAAUUAUUCAACAAGAUACCAACAACUGAAAUUACUAAGAUUGCUCACCAUCUUGAAGCUAGUACUGAUAACUCUGUUGUGUCGCAAAAGACAUAUGUACUCACUCCAACAAGAUUGAUGGUGUUUUGGGUCACAAUGAUUCUUAUACUGACCACAAUUGCUGCCAUUCUCAUCAUGUAUGAAGGACUAUCACAACAAAGUAGCUCAAUAUUAAUUAUGAGAAAACUUAAUUAUUCAGCUAAACUCUUGAUGAUUACCCAACGUAUGCAAUUCAAAACUCAAGAAUUAAUUCAACCGGAUUACAAUGUUAUUGGAAUCGAUCGACAUCAAUUUUACUCGGAGAUUGGAGACCAUCUAACUGAAUUUUCAGAAAUUUGGAAUGCUCUUAGAUAUGGUACAAAUGAAGACUCGUUCUAUGCUCUGGGCUCAUUAUCUACCUCAAUUAAUGGUAUUCUCAUCAAGCCGUCCGCAAAUUGCUCUGCCGUGACUCAAUCCGUUAAUUGUAUGGGAUUGGAUGAUAUCAUGAAAGAAUAUCACGAUCACAUCAGCAAAGCAAGAGAAAACAUUUACAGGUAUACUUUUACUCGUGAUGUUUUAUUGAAAGAGGUAGAUUCCAUGUACGUGUAUGGAGACAAGAUUCUUACAGACGUUUCAUCGAUCAUGGAUUUACUGGUCAAGUCAUACACAGGUCAGGCAAAAGUAAUGGGAGCUGUUUCUGCUGCCAUUGCAUUCAUAUUAUUAUUGUUCAUCAUUUAUUUGUUGUACAGCGCCAUUAAUAAGUUUUCCUCUGAAAAUCACCAGCUUAGACUCAUGCUCAAUCACUUACCAGCAGAAAUUUUGGACACAGACAACGAUUUGAGAAGCUACAUUCUGUACAAUUCUCUCAACAGUCACACGAAACAUUUGGAAAAGAAUAAUCAACAGGAUUCAUAUGAGAAGGCCAUUCUUGAGGCUGCCGUUGCCGGCGCUGUCAUUUGUUCUUCAUACGGCUCCAUUGACAUUUUCAAUGAAUCUGCUCAAAAGCUGUUUGGGUACAGAAUUGAUGAAGUUAUUGGAGUUUCUGUAACAAGCUUAUUUUGUCCUGAAAGUAGAGGCACCUUGGAAAAUGUUAUUAACAAUAUGAGCACUAGUACCAAGUCGUACGGUGAAAAUCUUUUUCUUCAAGGUCAGAGGAAAAACAGAACUCUAUUCCCUAUUCAACUUCGAAUUUCUGUCACGAGCAUAGAUGGACGAAAUAUCAUUUCAUGUUUCAUGACAGAUCUCACCACAGAUCGAGAGCACGACCAAAUGUUAGCUGAAGAAAAGAAGAAGAGCGAAUCAUUAUUGUUGAAUAUUUUGCCAGAGUCCAUUGCCCAUAGAUUGAGUAAUGGGGAGACAUUUAUUGCUGAUAACCACGAAGAUGUCACUUGUUUGUUUAGCGAUUUGGUUGGAUUUUUGGAAAUUUCAGCAUCAAUGUCUGCGACAGAGUUGGUUCAAACCUUGAACAUUAUUAUUAAUGGAUUUGAUUCUCUCAUUCCCAAAUAUCAGCUUGAAAAAAUUAAGACAAUUGGAGAAAAAUAUUUUUGUGCUGGUGGAUUAAAAGUGAGAGCCGAUGAAGGUGACAAUCAUGAGGAACGAGUGUUGAAGUUUGCAAUGGAAAUGUUCAGUGUUGUCUAUAAUUAUAACGUGGACCAUCAUCAUACUUUCAAUUUGCGAGUGGGAAUGCACUGUGGUGCCUUAGUUUCAGGAGUGAUUGGAACGUUGAAAUUUGCCUAUGAUGUAUGGGGCGAUGCAGUCAACACAUCAAGUCGAAUGGAAUCUACAGGUAAGACGGGUCGCAUUCAAGUGACCGCUGCUCUCUACAAGAGAUUACGAGGCAAAUAUCGUUUUGAAAAGUCAAGUGUUUUUGCCAAAGGAAAAGGAGAGCUCAUUACUUAUUUACUUGAUGAAAAGUAUUACCAGAAUACAUCUCCAGAAGCUCCUGCACUUGAAGCCUCCAAUUAUUUGAGACAACAAAUUGCAACCACCAGUAUUUCACAAUCUGGAUCCGCUGAAGAUUUAUCAGAAAAGAAUUUUACCUCAGAUGAAGAAGAAAACACCACCGUCAAGAGGGCAACUCCUCCACUUUCGCAACAACAAACGACAAUGACAACAAUGAUAGCUACAAAUCCAUUAAGUCCAUUGGUUGGAAUUAUUCGAUCUGGUUCCAACUCUUCACUCGCUGAUAUUUCCAAACAACAGGGAGGAGACAAAAAAGACACGGCCAGUGUGGACUCUCGAGAAGAGACUACAAGUGACAGCGGUGGUAAUAGCCACAGAAAAAUUAAUCGAGACCGCACCAACUCACUUCGUGGAACCAGUAAUGAAAUUAGAGAGCUACUUCUCAAGAACACUGCAGCAGCAACUACUGCUUCCUCUACUCUAGCAUCACCAAGCAGCCCAUCCUCAGAGAAGAAGGUUCAUCUCACCGCUGAAAUAUUGAGAUCAUUGGCAGAACAACACGAGCAUGACGAUUCCACAACACCACAACAAGUUAAAGGUGUCAAUCUAUUACCAAUUGGGGAUAACCCACUUUUAGCGAGAAAGAAUAGCGUUUCAAGUACGGCCUCCUCUUCCACAACCACCAUUGAAACCAUGAGACUUAGCAAAUCGACACAUGCACUCCAUACCGAUUCUUCACAAGUGAAGCGAGCAUUUCCAACAGGAACUUCCUUCUCUGCAAAUAUUAAUGCAGUUGUUGCUGCCUCGUCCUCCAAUUUGUUACAUUCAGAGAGCAUGAUUUCACACCAUAGACCAGCGACUCCACACGCACACUGUUCUGAUAAUGAAGAAGAUGAUGAAUUGGUAAACACGGAAGAAGACCCAACCAGUGGUGAUGUUUCUGAAGGUGAGGAAGAAGGAGAUCAACCCUCACCUCCACCUGCAGCUAAUUCUGUCACCAACCCAACCACCACGAUUGUCAAUCCAAUUCCCCUUAGAACCCAUAUCAAGGAAUGA